GAUUACAAAACACCGGGUUUUUCAAACCUCCACAACGAUGGCUGUUUUCCUCAAAACACUGAGAACGCACUGUGAUAGAAUAUUCAGUAAAAGAUCCACCCCGCUUCCGUCAGCCCUGAGCAGUUUUCAAUUUACUACCAGGGUAAAAUGUGAGCUCGACACAAUCACCGAAAAAGAAAUCACCGAGAAUGGGUUGAAACCGCGCAAACAUCGUGGUCGUAUCAAGUGCAACAACAUCGCAUUACCGGCAGAAAUACACGAUGCCAUCGUCAAGAGUGCCAAGGAUUAUCCGAUUAAAAGUCUGAUUAAUGAUGGCCAGCGGUUGAACAAUUGCAUUCGAUCUCGUAAAUGGUUCCCACUCGACGACACGGUCGCUGGCCGCCGAAAGGAUGCACCGAGUGAACGCGAAGUGCCCAGCAGUGCCCAACGCCAGAAAGCGUCCGUUUUCGAUAUGCAUGACACCUAUAGCUGUCUCACGCAACUGAUCGGACGAUCCGAUGCUGAGUACGCGGUGCUAAAACGAAUCUUCACCGAAAUAAGCCAGCGUGAUCCGGAGCUCCGGCCGCGCAGUUUCCUGGACUUUGGCUCGGGUGUCGGUACCGGCACGUGGGCAGUCACCCAGUUCUGGCGGGAUCAUCUGUUUGAAAUUCUAUCGGUCGAUAAAUCGCGUCACAUGAACGACCUGGCCGAGCUAGUCCUUCGGCAGGGUGAUUCGAACAAGGCGACGAUGGUACGCAACGUUUUCUAUCGACAGUUUCUGCCGGCCAAUCCGAACCGAAAGUACGACAUAGUGCUGAGCUCGUUUUCGCUUUUCGAUCAAUCCACCCGUCGAGGUCUUUUGGAGCUGGUCGAUCAACUUUACGCCACGUUCGACAAGUAUCUGAUCUUUGUCGAGCAGGGCUCGAAUGCGGGAUUCCAGCUGUUGGAUGGUAUUCGCAAUCACAUCCGGAAAAAUUACAACGCGGAUGAUUCUCAUCUGUUCGCUCCGUGCCCCCAUAGCUUACCGUGCCCUCGGAUAGCGGCAGAUGAUGGAACACCGUGCAAUUUUGAGGCCACAUAUACCCGCAACUUCCCGUCCGGCGACGGACAUCAGUAUGGCAGUAUCCUCUACUCAUACCUGGUGUACAAGAAAAACCCUCCAGAUAGUGCCCAAAGGUUUCCGAGGCUCGUACGGCCAACCGCCGUCCGUUCGAAGCAUUGCGUUUGUCAUGUUUGCGCAGCGGAUGGGAAGCUCCGUGACGUUACCUUUACCACCGCGAAGCAUGGACAAGUUAUUCAUCGGUGUGCGAAGGCAAGUCGAUGGGCCGACCUGCUCCCAAUGCACGUUGAAUGGGAGGAUACAACCGAGAGAGAAGACGAGAAUACUUAGCUGAAAGGAAUCACCUUAAAAUAUAUAAAGUAGGAAAUGAGUUACAGGAGCAUAAGGUCCACUCUGUCCAAGAAUAAUUUGAAGGAGCAUAAAGAGAAUAUCGAAUGAAAAUGUUUGACAUUGCAACAUUAAUGAAACCUUCAACCAUUUUAAGAUGCACUUAAGUUUCAUUCAAAAUCAUCAGGAUUAACUAAUAUAAAGUUUACGGCUACGAAUUGCAGCUUUUAAAGAUUGGAUUGGUUUUGUCACAUUCGAACAUUUCAAUUUACGUGUUAAUUUUAAUCGUUAGUACAAACUCUCUUUCUACGCAAAAAAGAACAAGUAGCAUGUUUAAAUAUUUGUAGGAUUUUUUUUUUUGUUUAUUACUUGUCAAACAACUUGUGUACACUUGAAUGAUCGAUUUCUAGUAUUCCAUUAACGCGCUGCAUAUUUUUUCUGUUUGCUGCAUGUGUUUAAUUUUAUACUUAAUUGCUUAAACCCUCCAGCUCUAAAAACCACCUGCACUAAAUGAUAACUUAACUGGUCAGAUAUAUUGAUAAUAAUUAAAAGGAUCGCGCGCGCCGAAGGCUGCUCUUCGACGGGCUCGCACCUUCCGGGUUGGAUUUGUUCUCGAUGGUGACAUUUUUAAGAGGUUUUUUUUGUCCUUAAAUGCUAGUUCAAAUCAGGAGCGUACGAAUGGAAACCAAUAUAACUUAACCACUGGAACUGGAGACGCGAGACGUUGUACGUUACAUGAGAGCCAGGUUGAUGAUCUCGAUCGUGUCUGUUAGAUUCCAUUGCCCUGUCGCUUUGCCGUAGUUCCCUCCUGAUUCAUCGCACCGAACUGUGUGCUAUUGUUUUCUUUUUCGUACUAGUUGAAAAACAAAACGGGAAAUUAUUACAACGCCUUAGACGGCAAGCUAUCAUGCGCACGCUUCAACGCAGCCGGAGAAAAAUGCUAAGUAAAAACGUGAGGAUGGGUGAACUGAAAGAGA